AUGCAGCCCGCUGACCCCAGCCUGCUGAAUAUGCCUGGAAGUCUGGCGGGAGCUGAGCAGAGGUAUACGGCGGGUGUCACGAUACCGCGCCCGUACUUUGGUCAAGAACUCUUCGAUGCGUCGAUCAGUUGUAUUCGCACGGGCAAGGAUGAGAUCGAACGUCGGCUCGGGCUCGGGACGAGUCCAGACAGCCCUGUGCAGCAGUUUGCUGUCAAGAUUACGAAGCAGGUCGCGGCGAGACAGGAGACACUUGAUAAGCUCGACAGCUUUCUAUCACGCGUACAAGCUCGGAAGAUCUCCACCCUCCCAAGUUCAGAGCUGGGAUAUCUCGUCGAAAUGUCGCGAGCGCAGAAAGAGCGGCUCGCCGGACUGUGCCCGCGAACCCUCGGGGUGGUCAUCACGCCUCAGCCUGAUAGCGCGAUCGGCCGCACAUGA